GAGAACUGGAACAACCAUUCUCUUGUUUUGUUGCAGUACCAAUCUGUACUGCAAUCUUUAACGCGAGAUUAAAAGGUUUAGAUAAGAGGAUACGCGCGUUUAAAUCAAAUCUCUGAUCUACGGUGCACCGUUGAUUUGUGUAGUUUCACUAUUAAUACAGGGUGGGAAGUAGACCUUUCCAUCUUUGCGGACUAUAACAAGAAGGAAGCGGAAAUUAACAGCCCGUUUGCUUGUUUUUCCCGGAGUCGGAAAAAAUAACUGCUACCGUAAGCCCUAUGAACAUGAUUUUACUGUUUUAAAAUCAUAGUAUUUCUAUGUAGUUCUUUAUUUCACUGCGUAAGAGGGAUCGGAGAGGGAGACUGCACCUCUGUGCGCUAGGUUGUCAGCACCCAGAUAAGGAAGAUCUGUCACUCCACGGUCAGCAGUGACAAGGACAGAUAUUAGGAGACUGAAUCAGAUCAGUCAGGGCUGUUAUAUUCUGCCUAUAGAAGCACUUCCUCCUGGGGCUUUAUAUCUGCCUCACAUCCACACAGCCCAUGCCAUGGAGGCAAUAGCUAAAUACGAUUUCAAAGCUACUGCAGAUGAUGAAUUAAGUUUCAAGCGAGGAGAGAUUUUAAAGAUUUUAAAUGAAGAAUGUGACCAGAACUGGUACAAGGCAGAACUCAAUGGAAAAGAAGGAUUCAUCCCUAAAAAUUACAUAGAAAUGAAGCCACACCCCUGGUUUUAUGGGAAGAUUCCCCGUGCAAAGGCAGAAGAAAUGUUAAAUAAACAGAGACACGAUGGAGCUUUUCUCAUUAGAGAGAGUGAGAGUGCACCUGGAGACUUCUCGCUGUCUGUCAAAUUUGGGAAUGAUGUCCAGCACUUCAAAGUCUUACGGGAUGGAGCAGGAAAAUACUUCUUGUGGGUGGUCAAAUUUAACUCAUUAAACUCUUUAGUGGAUUAUCAUCGGUCCACUUCUGUGUCCAGGAAUCAGCCCAUUUUCCUCAGGGACAUUGAACAGGUACCACAGCAUUCUACAUAUGUUCAAGCUUUGUUUGACUUUGACCCUCAAGAGGAUGGAGAGCUGGGUUUCAGGCGUGGAGAUUUUAUCCAGGUCCUGGACAACUCGGAUCCUAAUUGGUGGAAGGGGGCUUGUCACGGACAGACCGGAAUGUUCCCUCGCAAUUAUGUCACACCUGUCAAUCAAAACAUGUAACUUGCAGAGAAAAUGUUUGCUUGCUUAAAGCACCUGUGGACAUCGAGCUGGGUUGCCAUGGAAACAGAAACCACAGAGUGAUGGAGAGAAAAGGCUCAAUUGGUGACGUUGAUGUCGAUUGGCUGGAAAAAUAAAGACUGUGCUGUUUGGAGUGGUUGACAUUUUAAGAAGCACUAUUGGCUAUGUGAGGAAAAAUGCUCCAGACUGAUAUUUCGUUCAUGUACUGUUUUACAUCAGCUUUGCUUUAUAUGCAACUUUAUUUCAUGUUAUAUGACAUCAGCUGUACUAACUAAAAAUUUUAUUUUUUGUGUGAAGGAAAUUUACAAUAUCACAAUCACAAUACUGGUACAAUUUUGCACCAAGAUUCAUUUUAAACACCAUGUUAUGUUUGAUUUGUAUUGUUCAAAUCCAUCACGCAUUUUUCAUGCUUGAUUUUUGUAUUCAUCUUUUGUCAUCUUUCCAGAAGUAGUGUUACCAUGUUAUUUGGUGUGGGAUUGUCAAGCAUAAUUUCAUCAUGCCAUAUAAUUUUAUUUCCAUACCAUAGUCAAAUUAACUUACAUGUAGUCAUCUUUUUUUCUUAAAGGGAUAGGUCACCCAAAAAUGAAAAUUCUGUCAUUAUGUUAGGGUGACCAUGCAUCCUCUUUUUCCUGGACAUGUCCUGGCCGGGAUUUCUAAAUUGUCUAAGAUGUGCAUUUAUUUGACCGUUCUCUGUAGAUCCCACCUUCUCACAUGCCGUGAUUGGAAUGUGUGUUUGGUGUGCAAAAUGUGUGUUUGGCUUGAAGUUGUGUGGACCGAUCGGUGUGUGAACAUAGAUGUGUAAAGCUGCCCCAUUCGACCGCUCCAAGCACUUAGAAGCGUUCGCCAUCUUGUAACGUCAACUUGACAUAAUUCACCAUACUAUGGGUUCGCAGACCAUCGGCUGUGCAGGAUUGUGGCAUCUUUGAUUAUUCAUUGAUUACUAUGAUGAAUGACGUCAAGUUGACCAUUACAAUAUGGCAGACGGCUUGCAUAUAGCGAUCCAUGGAAACAGUUGCUAAUGAGCCAUCUACAUAUAUGUGUGUGUGUGUGUGUGUGUGUGUGUGUGUGUGUGUGUGUGUGUGUGUGUGUGUGUGUGUGAGAGAGAGAACAAAGUACCAUGAGAGUGAUUUGACAGCAUGCUGAGCAUCUGCUCUCUAUGGUACUUAUGCUCUCAUGGUACUUUUAUGUAAAACACAGAUCAGUCUGCGCAGCGUCUCUUCAAGCCAAACACACCUGUAACCUGGACAAUUUAGGCAACCCCUAAAUCCCAGCCAGGACAUGUCUGAGAAAAAGAGGACACAUUUAUGAGUACAUUAUGUACAGUACUCAUCCUCAUUUGUUCCACAUGUGUACAAUUUUUUGUGUGUAGAAGAAAUAUUCAAAAUGUGUUCAGAAUAUUGGUAUUUGUGUUGCAGGUUUGGAACAUCAUGAAGGUGAUGCCAAAAUUGUUAUUUUUGGGUAAACUGUCCCUUUAAAUCAAAAUAGCUUGAAAGUAAUGUAAUGGUGCCAAAGCCUCUGUAGCAGAUCAGUGAUCAAAUGUAACACAUUUGGAGCAUUUAAUGAAGCCCUUUAAAAUGGUACUCGGUAUAUGAUUCUUUUGGGGAUUUUCAUAGAGUAUGGUGGUUACUCUAGAUUAUUCCUGAAUAAAUUAAACAGAAUAAAGAUAUUUCCAGUGAAAAUUCCCAGUGCACUUGUACAGAUCUUUUUUGUGUGUGAAUAUCAAAUGUUUGAUAUAUCUGCUUAGUAGUGAACAAAAUUCACUGAUCUAGACUUUGUGCCAUCUAGAAUGAUGCCAUAUAACUGUGCUGACAAAGGGCUGGACUUGCUCAGAUGGUAGGAAUUUUGUUGUAAUGUCAUGAAAGUUGUAAUGUCAUUAAAGUUCCUUACCACACUUUACAGGGGCAUUAGAUGCCUAUUUUUGUAGCUGAGGGCUGUAUAAUGUUCAUGAUGUCAUUUGAGGAUGUUUAUUUUUGUUUCUGUUUUUGAGUUUGAGUUUUUUCUUUAUGUGGCCCUGGUUUACUACAAGAAAACAAUCAAGUGUAUGCAUCUGUAAGCCACUUUUGAAUGCUGAAUUGUUUUUUUAUCUUAAAAUUGGAAAGCUAAUAUACAUCAAAGACUUGUAGUCGUUCAGUUUCUUUGUAAUUGUCAAGGUAAUUUUUCUUCAAAUUCAGUUUUUUUAAUGUUUGAUGUAUGAUUAGUUGUGUUGCUUGUACACUUAGAAAUGAGAUGUGUAUAUCUGUCAUAAUGGAAUAAUGUAUUAUGUUGAUACUAAACCAUUUCAUCAGCUGCAGUAAACCUCAACAAUAGAAAUAUA